CAACAAACAACAGAACAUUUAGAAGUGUUUUAAAUGAUUAUGGUAUUUCAGUAUUUACAGAAGAUAAGUGAUUUUCCUAUACACAAGAUAAAGGUAUUUUUCAAUUUUACAAAGGUGUUUCACAAUGCAUUCCAAACUAACUGUUGUAUACGAAUUCAUUUGCAUGAUUUCACUUAGUUGAUGACGAAGAAUCAUCUACUUUGAACAGUUUUGCACUUCCCUUUCGUACAUUCAAUUGGUGAUUCCCAACUCUGAUUAAAUUGUUAGGACUGUCUAUUUUUUACAGACACAAUUCUAUAGUACUGACGUUACUGUAUGAAGUUUAUAAAGGUGUUGUUGCUCAAUGACUCACAUAGGUUAGCUAGUUUGCUUCCUCUCUAUUUAGUCAUCAUCAUUAAAGGAUAAACUUGAGUGAGAAAAAAGAAUGCCUAAAUUACUAGGAUUAAGCAGAUUUGAUAUUGUGUCUCUAUUCUCAGGAAUUCGAAUGUUAUGAAGAAAUAUUGUGCACUACCAUACUCUGCAUCGCAAUAUUUCAUAAUCAGUAGGGAAUCAUCUAUCCUAUAAACUGGAUGUCCAUAAUGUUUUUUUCUAAAACAACGUAGAUAAUGAUGCAAAAAAAAGAAGGAAUGACUGCACAUGAUAUCACAUCAAGCCAAUCAAAAUUUGUGGGAAGAAAUUCAGUGAAAGAGUUUCGAAACUUCAAAAUUACUACAAAUCAUUAUCAUAGUAUCGAAAGGAAUAGCAUAUUAUCUUCAUUCAUCGUAAUUAUUGUUAUAUCCUGUCGAUGAAUCAAUAAAUGGUAACUGUUAGGAGUUAUUUAUAGGCUGUUAUUAUAUAUAUAUAUUCUUGUAUUCUCAUUCACUACAAUAUUCCAUAAUAGUAUAUAACAUUCAGUAAUGAACGGUUACUUAGUGCAAAUCAUUGAAUAUUAAUUUGAAAAGAAAAAAACACACAAUUAUUUUGCUGGUCGGUGGCCUAUGCUUCAUUAGGGAUCACAGACGUAAGUAAGUAACUAAGUAUAAUACCUUUAUUCAGAGUAGCUUCUAUGAAUACAAAUAUCAUACUGCAAUAUUUACAUAUUAUUUCAAGUAGAUUAUUUUUAUAAGUUACCAGAUCAUAAUCAUUAGUCUUUACUAUAAUUUUUCAC